ACGGUCUAUUCGGGUCGGCGGAGGAGGCGGAAGUGACGCGCGCGGGUAAACAAGCUGCCAGCGGCGUCACUGAGGCGCCAUUUUCGGGGGAGCGCGAGGAGGACAAUGGGUUCCGUGCUGGGCGCCUGCUCAUUGGCCAGCUGGGUGCCAUGUUUAUGUGGCAGUGCACCAUGCCUGCUGUCUGGAUGCUGCCCAAGUGGAAAAAAUUCUACGGUGACUCGUUUGAUCUUCGCCUUUUUCCUCCUGCUGGGAGUAGGGGUGGCUUGUAUUAUGUUAAUGCCAGGAAUGGAAGAGCAGCUUAAGAAGAUCCCGGGAUUUUGCGAUGGAGGAAUGGGCACCUCCAUUCCUGGCAUCCACGGUCAGGUGAACUGUGAUGUGCUGGUUGGAUAUAAGGCUGUGUACCGGGUUUGCUUUGGCAUGGCCAUGUUCUUUCUCCUCUUCUCCUUAUUGAUGAUAAAAGUGAAGAGCACAGAUCCACGAGCCGCAGUACAUAAUGGGUUCUGGUUUUUCAAGUUUAUUACUAUGGUUGCCAUCACAGUGGGAGCUUUCUUCAUUCCUGAAGGACCCUUUACAACAGUCUUGUUCUAUGUUGGGAUGGCUGGCGCCUUCUGUUUCAUUUUGAUCCAACUGGUGCUGUUGAUUGACUUUGCCCACUCAUGGAAUGAAUCCUGGGUCGAAAAGAUGGAGGAAGGCAACUCUAGGUGCUGGUACGCAGCACUGUUGUCAGCAACAGGAAUGAACUACGUGUUAUCGCUGGUUGCUGUCGUCCUCUUCUACUGUUAUUAUACACACCCUGAGGGUUGCACUGAAAACAAAGUCUUUAUCAGCUUAAACAUGUUACUGUGCAUUGCUUCUUCUAUCAUGUCAAUCCUACCCAAGAUCCAGUUUGCUAAUCCCCGAUCUGGUUUGCUGCAAUCCUCCAUCAUCACCCUGUACACCAUGUAUUUGACAUGGUCUGCAAUGACCAAUGAACCAGACAGGAAAUGCAACCCCAGUUUGCUCGGCAUGAUUGGAUACAACAACACGGGAACUCCUGUGCCAGGUCAAGUGGUCCAGUGGUGGGAUGCACAAGGAAUUGUGGGGCUGAUCCUGUUUCUGCUCUGUGUUCUUUAUUCAAGCAUCCGGACAUCUACCAACAGCCAGGUGAACAAGCUGACCAUAACUAGCGACGAGUCCACACUGAUUGAGGAAACAACUGCUCGCUCGGAGGGUUCCUUGGAGGAUGGGAACCAGGCACAUCAUGCAGAAGACAACGAGAAAGAUGGUGUUACCUACAGCUACUCCUUCUUUCACUUCAUGCUCUUUCUGGCAUCCCUGUACAUCAUGAUGACUCUAACCAACUGGUACAGUCCUGACUCUUCAUAUGAAAUGAUGACAAGCAAAUGGCCUUCGGUUUGGGUGAAGAUUUCCUCCAGCUGGAUUUGCAUCGUGCUCUAUGUGUGGACCCUGGUUGCUCCACUUGUUCUCACAAACCGUGACUUUGACUGAAGAGACUGAAUUGAAAAGCGUGUCAUUUUCUGCUAUUGCAGCAUAUUGUUUAGUUUGUUCUUGUGACUAGAUUUCAUAUUUAAGGCAGUAUUUGAAAGUGAUUAUAUAUGCUAUAAAUAUCUGUGUGCUACCUUGUGGUAGAUUUUGUUUGUUAACUUGAUUAAUAUAGCAUGAUUGAAGUGAGAUAUAGUAGCUGUGAAAAUGACUAAAAAGCAAUGUUAUUGAACUAUUGCAAUUUAUUCUUGAACUCCAUCCUUAUUCUGGAACAGAACUAAUAUACGUCAACCUAUUUGGCAUGCAUUCAGAGGUCACUGCAUCUCAGAAUAAAAAUGAAUCGUCUCAUCCAAGUUCCAAGUGGGUGAUAGCUUACAGUAAACAACUCUCCUUAAAUUGGCAGUAAAUUGACACUGGCUCAAAGGCUAAUGUGGAAAAUGAGAAACAUUAACAAUAGUGUGUAGUUGAGUGCUCUUUAGAGGUCAAAACUGGGACACAUUGGAGGAGAGAGUAUCUUCCUAAACUGAUUUAUGUCCUGCUUUUUGUCAGAUGCUAAUUCUUGGUGUGCAACAACAUUUAUUUCAGUGAAUUUAUCAAUGGGUUUCCAUUGUCUACAUUGGUAGUUUUUUUUUAAACGAGCUUUAGUUCUGUGAAUUGAGUUAUUCCUAUUCUUUAUUACUUGCUGUAACAGUUUAUUUCUGAAUUAUUGAUAUUCAAUUGUAGUAACUCAAUGUUGACAGUGAGCUUUGUGCUUCAGGAUUGUUGCAUUUAGUUUUAGGGAUGUGCAUUGUGGUAGUUUUGAACCACUCCAUGAAGUGCAGCACAGUAACCUUCAUAAUUAUAUUAGAAAUUAUGGUGAGGUGAGUCAUAAUUAUUGCAAAGUGAAGUCUUUCCCAAGAUUACGUCUGGUUUCAGGCGCAGUAUUGUUGGAUUAUAAGAAAGCCUCAAUGUUUAAUCCAUGCCUAACCUUUUGAUAUUGGUGCAAAAAAUUCUUGUUUUAAUUUUUAAGGAAUCACGAUCCAAGUUCUGCUCUAUUUUAAACACUAAUUUAAAAGUCUUUCAGUUUAGGUCGUGAGAAGUGAAUUUAAAUCACCUAAGUUUUUCUUAAUUUUCGUAUUGCAAUACGUAUUUUGUAUUUUCGUUAGUUAAGUGAGUACAUUUCAGGUUAUCACUAAAGAAAGGGGAAAAGGAGCUAUUAGUCACUGAGCACAACAAUAUUUGACAAUUUUCUUUCUUUAAAAGAUCUAAACCCCCAGUACAAGAUACUGCUCGUACGCACCAGACACUUUGAAAUACUGACAUAGGAAAGAUUGCGAUUUAAUUAUGUAUUGUGAUGAGAAUGUUUUGCAUUAAUAUUGCGUUCAUUUAUGGGGCAUUUACAAAUGACGCUGUUUGAAGUGUAUUGUAACCAUUGGCAAAUAAAUCUUUGCAGAGCAAAAA